AUGGCGGGUGUAAGCGGCUGCUUGAAGUAUUCCAUGUUCAUCUUCAACUUUUUAUUUUGGGUGUGUGGUUGCAUUAUUUUGGGAGUCUCUAUAUGGAUACGUGUUAGCAAAGAUAUUCAGGAGGAGCUGGGUAUAGAUAGCAGCCUGUUUGCAGGAGUUGAUUUGCUGAUAGCCGUGGGCGCCAUUAUUAUGAUCCUUGGUUUUCUUGGGUGCUGUGGUGCUAUAAAGGAGAGCCGGUGCAUGCUGCUAUUGUUUUUUAUUGGUCUGCUUCUGAUCCUGAUUCUUCAGAUCACAGGAGGUAUUUUAGGUGCAGUGCACAGAUCUCAGGCUGAAAGUCUCCUUAACAAGACUCUGGAGGAUGGUGUGAAGGCACUGCAAGAGACUGCAGAAAAUUAUACAGAGUUUCAGAAGAACUUCCAGAAGUUUCAGAGAGAGAACAAAUGCUGCGGUUUGCUGAAAGGAGCUGAAGACUGGGGAAAAAAUUUUAAUGAUGAAAUCUGUAAGUGUGAACUAGAAAAGCCAUCAGACCUCUGUGCCCCCUAUCAAAACACAGUUGUUUAUAAAACGACUUGUGGAGAAGUGAUUAUCAAAUUAUUUCAAGAGCAUCUGGUCAUAAUUAUGGGGAUCGCCUUUGGACUGGCUGUUAUUGAGAUUCUUGGUUUGGUGUUUUCUAUGAGCCUCUACUGUCAGAUCCAGAAAAAAUGA